AUGACUGUCACGGAGACGCCCUUUACCAUCGACAACCUCCCCUACGGGGUGGUUUCCACCGCCGACAAUCCGACUCCCCGCUGUGCCACGGCCCUGGAAGACGAUGCCAUUGAUUUGAGCGCGCUCGAAAGGGUUGGAUACUUCAAAUCCAUCCCGGGGUUCAAGGGCCGGGUAUUCUCCAGUCCAACCCUGAACACGUUCGCCUCUCUGCCCAAAGAAACACACGUCUAUACGCGAGCGGCCUUGACAGAUCUGCUCUCCGACGACGAGAUCCGAAAGACCUACGCUAUCCCCCUGUCCAGAGUGCAGAACCAUCUUCCGAUGGAAACGAAGAACUUCAGCGACUUCUAUUGCUCGUACGAGCACACCAGGAACUACUCGGAGCUGUACUCCCUCACCAUCCCCCGUUCGUGGUGGUGUAUCCCCUCCGUGUACAACGGCCGCCAAUCCAGCCUCCGCAUCUCGGGCACCCCGAUCCGUCGACCCUGGGGCGUGGUAGCCGACUCGCAGAAUCCGGAGGGUCUGCCCGUCUUCAAGCCCAGCGCGCGCUUCGACUUCGAGCUGGAGAUGGGCGUCUAUCUCUCCCGCCCGUAUCCCCCGGGCGAGAUCCUCGACAUAGCCGACGCGAAGGAUUAUAUAUUUGGGCUGGUGAUAUUGAAUGAUUGGUCCGCGAGGGACAUCCAGACCUUCGAGAUGACGCCGUUGGGGCCGUUCCAUGGCAAGGGGUCGGGGACGAGCAUCUCGCCGUGGAUCGUCACGAUGGAGGCGUUGGAGGGAUCGCGGUGUGAGGCCAAGCCACAGAGCCCUGCGCCUUUGAGGCAUCUGGCGUGGAAGGGAGAGGCUGGGGAGGCGACGUUUGAUAUCGAGCUGAAGGCGAGGGUUAUUCGGAAUAAAAAGUCCUACACCGUCACCGAAACCAAUCUAAAAGAGCUCUACUGGACCCCCAUCCAACAGCUCACUCACCUCUGCAGCGCAGGCGAGGGCCUCUCCGCCGGCGACAUCUUCGGAACGGGCACUGUGACCAGCGAUCGCAUCAACGAGCAAGGAGAGGAGAUCGGGGUUGCCUGUCUGAUCGAACGGGGGCUAGAGAGGAACGUCCUCUCCGAAGCUCGCAAAGACGGCCUGGUGUUUCUCGACGACGGAGACGAGGUGGUCAUGGAGGGCUGGUGCGUCAAUCGGCUCACUGGGGGGAGGUUCGGCUUUGGGGAAUGUCGCGGCGUUGUGAUUCCAGCUUUGAUGGAGGGCGAAUGGGAGGGGGAGUGA